AUGUCGGGUCAACCGAUGCCUCCAGCGCCUCCCUACUGGGGAGCCAACUAUACACAGCAAUGGGCCACUCAACCAGCCCCUUCAUCAGGAUCUAUUCCUCAUGAUAUUCAAUUCAAUCCGGAUCCGUCGUUUGAUCCACAGCAAUAUCGCAAUAUUCAUAAUUUCUAUGCGAAUGCGAACCUCUCGGGAUUAGGAGGCGCAAGCGCAACUGGUACUUUCCCGCCGCCUCCGUUCGCUUUCCCCAGCACUUUCCCUCCUGCACCGAGCGCCCCUCCAUUCGCAAACAUGCCGAACGUGGGGUAUCCUUUGAUGCCAUUAUCGUCAGUACAUUCACAAAUGCGUCCCAACCAGGCGUCAACGAACAACAUGGACAAUUCGGCAAGAAAGACACCGGGUCAGCACCCCACGCCGACUACAAAAUCAAAUCAGGAUUUGGACCGAGAAGAAGGCGAAUUAACGGAUAUAGAAGGUGCUGCAUCGGCUGAGCAGCAGCCUCACUCGCAAAAAAAAGCGCGUCGUCUACGCGGCGAUAUUUCAGGCAGUAAGCCAACUCGCAGAGCCGGUAGUGAAGGGGACAACAGGCUGCCGAUUGGGCAGUCUCAGUCCACAAGAUUGAACGGGCUUCACGCUCAAGAUGAGCGUCCCGCCAUCAUCUCUACCGGUUGCGAGUUGCUUUCAGACCUUGAAGAAGGCGAGGCUUCGCCUGAACCUCGCGCCUCUAGUAGAGCUAGCGGAUCCCCCUAUAACCCCCCAAUGCCGAUAAACGCCAUAUCUCCGCCGAUGUCAAAAUCAUCACCAGAUCUUCUGGAAACGGGUACUAGAGAGGUUGGCGCUGUAGAGCAAAGAUCAGUCUCCGCUUCUAGCAGCUCAAAAAGUUCUCCUGAGUCGGCUGUCUCGGUCGCUCAACUUCGGGUGCAAGCACAGGGCGCCCUACUCAGUUUGGCACCGCACAGUAUCCGUUAUACUGAGCUUGUGGGCGAAGGCAUCAACCCAACAAUACUAAAGCAGCUUUAUGAAGAGGUUGGAAUCAAAGUUCCGAUUACGCCACCAGCCGAUGCUCGCACUCAAUCUAGUUCCAAGGAAACAGCUGAUGCCAGGACUGACCAAUCCGCCGCCAACGGACAAGCAAAGCAACCAGCCAAGCAGAAUGAACCUCAACUAGCUGCUGCACCAACAGCUACUCCCAGAGAGCCCAGUUCCUUUCCACCUCAAUCUGCCCCGGCAAGCACAACCAAACCUAUGGAGCGGAAAGAGGUCAUCGCGAGAAUGCUGGCUGCCAAAGCCGCUAAAAGCUCCCCGGCCUCUGCGCCACCAACAGAUGCCGCACAAACAGCAGCGUCUGUUCAAAGCACGCCUGCGACAGUAGAGAAACCUACGUUAUCCACCUCUUCGCAAGAUCAAUCAGCAAACGAGAAAGAGACACGUUUGAGAGAAAAGAACAAGGCGCAGACUGAACUCGCGAGGCAACGUAUCGAACAGCUGAAGAAGCAGGGGCUCAUCAGAAAUCUUCAAAAAUCACAAAUAAAUGUAGACAAGGAACAGAAAGAUGUCCAGGAGUCGCCGCAGCCGCAACCUUCCACUAUCAAACACCCUUUACCUGAACGCCCUCCACUCCCCGAAUCUGCCUCUUUUGACCAUAUUCCGGGUUUAUUCAUGAUGGGGCAAGCUCCGCCGACAAACGGUGCACUUACUACUGUUCAAGACCCAGUCUCCGAUUCGGCAGCUCAACCCCGCUCUAGCCAACGUAAACGCCCUCGAGCGUCGGACUUCGAUGACGAUCCGAUUCCGGUGCCCAAAAAAGCGUUCACCAACGGCACGAACCACCAGACCCCUCCUGAGCGACUUAUUAUCGACAUAAGUGACGAUGAAUUCUAUGACGAUGACGAGGGUAGCAUGGAUGUUGAAGCAUCGACGGGUCUCUCAAAAGGCACUGGCCCACCGGUUGCUGAGGGAUUACCACGAGCAUAUCCACUACCGGCAGGAAACCUUCCACAUCGACCGGCCACGUCUCAGAGCUACAGCUCUUCCGUAAUCUCUACUCCGGGUAAUCAUAAAAGCAACGAACAGGAUGAUCUUAAGAAAAAGGAUCUUGAGAUUCAAGCUAUGCACCGGAGGAUCGCCGAACUGGAGCAAAGGAAGAAGGCAAAGCUAGCCAGCCGUACUCAAUCCCCUCGUGCUUCAGACUUGUCUUCCCCCGAUAUUGUUGGCACGCCCGCCGCACCUGCCCCAUCAUCGUUCCCAACCCCGCCGAGCGCCACGGAAAAAAAAGCGGAAGACCUUUUAGCGGCCAUGAACGCUGAUGGACUCAGACAACUGAGGUCCAAGAUUCUACGCAUGCAGGAAAUUGAGGCAGGUGUUCCUUCUCUGGAUGCUGUAAUUCGCAAGACUGAGAUGAAACUUGCCAAUGCACGGAGGGAAGUGGAAGAGCUAUCGUCAGAACUAGCGAAAGGGGAAGAAGGCCGACAACAGCUUAUCGACGAGCUCAACGCUCUAAAGUUGGAGGUUUCUGGCUUGUCGCUUGACCAUGUUGAUUCGGCACUGAGUACCAUCGAAGCGAAGAAAGAUUUGCCUGACGAAGCUGUCCAAGCUCCCACUUCUGAGAACGAGGUGGCCGACAACCAUGCCAUGGCCGUUGCCGAGGUACCUGAGGCUGAUGGGUCAACUAAUGAAGAUACUGCGCCUCCCUCGCAUACCGACCCUACUGCUAAAAACCCACCACCUGCGAAAGAUCGGCCAAUUGCCCCUAACACCGUGGAAGAUGCUACGAACCUGAACGCAACCGCCGAAGAGCUAACAGAUACUUCCAUGUCCGACUCUAGCUCCUCAAUGGACGAGUCUUCGGCUGAUUCGAGCAGCGAGUCUGGUUCAUUGAACGAGGAGAUGCCUGAUGCGCCAGAACCCAACACAAACCCGAUUGCACCUGUGGAUGACUUAAAUACCAUCUCUCCAGGACCUUCGAUUGAACCAGCAAGGUUACAAGCAAAGGAGGAACCUCUCCCAGAAGACCAGUCCUUUAAUCUCCAACCCUCAACCAACAAAGACCUAGGUGCAGACUCUGAGAGUCUUGCUUCUCGGGAAUCUCCUGUCUCAGAAGCAUAUGAGCCCCCAGAACCUGAAGAAUCUGCUAAUGCUUCCGAUUCGAAUUACUCACCAGCUCCCAGCCCUGAUUUCCACAGUCCUGCCCCGAACAUGGAAGUCUCUGGGCCUUCAGAAGAUCAAUCUAAAGUAGCUGCAACCAAGCCAACAUUCUCAGAUUGGCCCUCUGGAUGUGCGAUAAACCUCAGUUCCUACCAGGACUUGUGGACGCUGACUUGUACACAGAAUUCACGACGCCCCGAAGACUCGCACCGUAAACUCACACCCUACUCUAGCCCGCUCAAACUAUUCAGGGCUUAUCGAUACCAUCCCAACUACAAUGACGAAGUUUCCGGCGGUUAUCGUUCCCUAACCUAUAGCCACAAUAUUGACCCUUUGAAACACCUCUGUCCCUUCGAAACUUCGGGGGGAGUCUGCAACGACCGUUCCUGCGAAUUCCAACAUUUUCGGAACAUGGCUCUUAGCGAUGACAAGAUUCUCAUCCAAAUGGGAUCCCUGCGGGAAGGCAAAACUGCAGAAGAAUCUGACAAGUACGUCACCGGACUGAAAGAGGCCAUUAACGACAUGCGGCGUGACAAGGUGAAAGAUUUCAACACCGUGGCCGCAGAGAUUGUUGCAUACCGUAGACGCUUCCUUCAAGAUCCUACUCGGGUCUUGGCGCUGUAACAACACCAGUCGCACAACCACCCACUUACUUUAUGAGGGGCUCCUCAGUAUUCAACCAGGUGAGCUGCGACGACGGCAUCGGCACUGACAGAUGACUGUCUUUGCAGAUGUCGCUAGCCCUCGCAAUUCUCCUCUGCUUGAGGGAGAUUGCCCAUAUAUUCAUAAGCAUACCGCAAUAUCUCACCUUUCUUCGGACGCUGUCCCUCGUUUCUUGUUUCUUUCCCCUGUCUUUUUCUAUCGAUCAUCUAUUUGUUUGGCAUACAACAAGCGAGCGCGGAGUUGGGGAGGUUCCGGGUUUCAUUUUCUCGUUUCCCAUA